AAGCUUUUCCUCCAAGCUAGUCCCCAAGACUCUUGUAUUUUCUUACUUUUCUCUCAUUGUUUCUUGAAUUGAUAUAAUGGGUGCUGGGGAAAUAAGGAGAUGGAUAGUGGUGUAUGUAGUGGUGCUUUUAGGAUUGAAUUUGGGAGAAUAUUAUGGGGUUAAAGGAGAUCCCCAAGUGCCUUGUUAUUUUAUAUUUGGUGAUUCUUUGGUGGAUAAUGGGAAUAACAACAAUAUUCAGUCUUUAGCUAGGGCUAAUUACUUGCCUUAUGGUAUUGAUUAUCCAGGUGGUCCUACUGGCAGGUUCUCCAAUGGCAAAACUACAGUUGAUGUCAUUGCUGAGCUUUUGGGGUUCGACGAUUAUAUUCCACCCUAUGCAUCUGCAAGGGGUGAAGACAUACUCAGAGGUGUUAAUUAUGCAUCUGCAGCUGCUGGAAUUAGAGACGAAACUGGCCAGCAAUUGGGAGCGAGGAUUAGCUUUGGUGGGCAGGUAAAUAAUUACCGGAACACAGUGCAACAAGUGGUGCAAAUACUUGGAGAUGAAGAUUCAGCUUCUAAUUAUUUGAGCAAGUGCAUUUACUCAAUUGGACUGGGCAGCAAUGACUAUCUCAAUAAUUAUUUCAUGCCUAUUUAUUACUCCACUAGUAGACAAUACAAUCCUGAGCAGUAUGCUGAUGUUAUUAUUCAACAAUACACUCAACAAUUGAAGUCUUUGUACGACUACGGAGCAAGGAAGUUUGUCUUAAUUGGAGUGGGCCAAAUUGGUUGCAGCCCAAAUGCUCUGGCCCAAAACAGUGCUGAUGGCAAAACCUGUGCAGAAAAUAUAAAUGCUGCAAACCAGAUAUUCAACAGUAGGCUAAGGGGUCUUGUGGAUGAGUUCAACAGCAAUACACCAGAUGCCAAAUUCAUCUACAUUAAUGCUUAUGACAUCUUCCAGGAUUUAAUUGACAACCCCUCAGCAUUUGGAUUUAGAGUGACGAAUGCGGGAUGUUGUGGAGUAGGAAGAAAUAACGGGCAAAUAACAUGUCUUCCACUACAAAAUCCAUGCCCAAAUAGAAAUGAAUACCUAUUUUGGGAUGCAUUUCAUCCAGGUGAAGCUGCAAAUACAAUUGUUGGGAGGAGAUCAUACAAAGCUGAAAGGCCAUCAGAUGCUUAUCCCUAUGAUAUUCAACGCUUAGCUCAACUCUGAAGAUAAGAGAUGAGGCUAAAUCAAGAUCAAUAUGAAAUAUAUAUUCUUGUGGAAUUUCUAUUAUUAUUGUCCUAUAAAUAUGUAUUCUGAGUUGCUAAUUAAUUUUAUUAUUUGACAAAUGUUGUAACUUUGUCCUACAUGUGAGUUUGAACAACUUUGCUUCUUUA